AUGAAGUUCAAGGUGAAAACAAUGGACCUCUACAUGCAAAGCUGGAAAGAUUUGUCAGAAGAUGGUGGAGAACUGGCGGAGGUUCUGGGUGAGUUUGACGCGGUGAUGGAGGACUUCUCUUCCCCCGUGAAGGAGCGGCACUUCCAAUACGAGGAACAUCUGGAGAAGAUGAAGAGGCGGAGCAGCGCCAGCAUCAGCGACUCUGAGAGUGCAGAUUCGCUGUGUGGACACAGCCUCAGCUUUAGCGACGAAAAAUUACAUUCCUCUACCCCAUCCUCUCCAUCGGUGUCUUCUCCCAUGAUAGCGUCUCGAAAAGCGAAACUUGGAGACACCAAAGAACUGGAAGAUUUUAUUGCAGAUCUUGAUAGAGUUUUGGCAAGUAUGUGAAACACUCUGUUUGGACCCAACACCCGCCUUCAAAAGGAUGGGAUGGAGUUUAUUCCUGCAACCCACCAUCCGAUGGGAAGAGACACAGGAAUCCUUCUUUUCUCGGAAAAUUUUCCAGCAAUUGCCUCUUAACGUGUUUAAAGCAUUGUCAUUGUGAUUUUU